AUGACGACGGCCAUCAUCUUUCCCGGUCAGGGCUCCCAGACGGUCGGCAUGGGCCGCGACCUUCACGAUGCGUUUCCGGCCGCCCGCGCGGUGUUUCAGGAGGUCGACGAGGCCCUCGGCGAGAGCCUUUCCCGCCUCAUGUUCGAGGGUGAGGAGAGCGAGCUCACGCUCACCCGGAACGCGCAGCCCGCGCUCAUGGCGGUGUCGGUCGCGGUGAUGCGCGCACUCGAGGCCGAGGGCGCCUGGCGGCUCAGGGAGCGCGCCGCCUUCGUGGCCGGCCAUUCGCUUGGCGAAUACACCGCGCUUGCCGCUGCGGGGUGCCUGGCGCUGGCGGACGCCGCGCGCCUGCUCCGCCUGCGGGGCGAGGUCAUGCAACAGGCGGUCCCGGUGGGCGCCGGCACCAUGGCUGCGCUGAUCGGCGCCGAUCUCGCGCAAGCCGCCGCGAUCGCCGAGGAGGCCGCCUGCGGCGAGGUCUGCGUGGUCGGCAACGACAAUGCGCCGGGGCAGGUCGUCAUCAGCGGCGCCACGUCUGCGGUGGAGCGCGCGGUGGCGCUUGCGCCGGAUCACGGCAUCAAGCGCGCCGUGAUGCUGCCGGUGAGCGCACCCUUCCACUCGCCGCUGCUGGCACCGGCGGCGGAGACCAUGGCGGCGGCGUUCGAGGAGGUCCCGUUCAUGCCGCUUGCCGUCCCCGUCGUUUCCAACGUGACCGCCCGGCCGGUCCACGAGGCGUCCGACGUGCCGGCGCUGCUCGUGCGUCAGGUGACGGCCAUGGUCCGCUGGCGCGAGAGCGUGCUUUACAUGGCGGGCGAGGGCGUGGACACGCUGAUCGAGAGUCGGCGCCGGCCGGGUGCUCACCGGGCUUGCGCGGCGUAUCGACCGGGCGCUCGGCGCAAGCGCGGUCGGCACCGUCGCCGACGUCGAUGCCCUGCUGGGGCAGACGGCUUAGGCGCGGCAGGCAGCGGCAGCAGGGAGCGGCAAGGGAUGUUCGAUCUGUCGGGAAAGGUGGCGCUGGUCACGGGCGCAUCGGGCGGUAUCGGCGGAGCCAUCGCCGAGGCCCUUCACCGCCAGGGGGCGGCAGUGGCGCUCUCCGGCCGGCGCGCGGAUGCGCUGGAGGCGCUGGCUGCGCGGUUGGGCGAGGGCGCCCAUGCGGUGCCCUGCGAUCUCGCCGAUCGCGCCGCCCUCGCGGCCCUGCCCGAGCGGGCGGCGGAGGCGGCGGCUGCGCCCGCCAUCCUCGUCCAUUGCGGCGGCAUCACCCGCGACGGUCUCGCGCUCCGCAUGAAGGACGAGGACUGGCAGGAGGUCCUGGACGUCAAUCUCAGCGCCGGCUUCGUGCUCGCCCGCGCCUGCCUGCGCGGCAUGCUCCGCCAGCGUUGGGGGCGGCUCAUCUUCAUCACCUCGGUGGUGGGCACGACCGGCAAUGCCGGGCAGGCCAACUAUGCCGCCUCCAAGGCUGGCCUCGCGGGGAUGGUGAAGGCGCUCGCCGCCGAGGCAGCGGCGCGCGGCGUCACCGCCAACUGCGUCGCCCCCGGAUUCAUCGAGACGGCGAUGACCGACGCGCUGGCGGACGCGCAGAAGGAGGCCCUGCUCGCCACGAUCCCCGCCGGGCGCUUCGGCGAGGGGAGCGACGUGCCGCCGCCUGCGUCUACCUCGCGAGCGAGGAGGCCCGCUACGUCACCGGGCAGACGCUCACGUCAACGGCGGCAUGGCCAUGAUCUGAACCCGGCGCGCCGCCGCUUGGCCAUUUCUUAUUCUACGGCACCUGUUUGCGUCCGGGCCUGCCGGCACGUAUCGCGAUCACGCCGGCUGCGACGAUCAGCACCGCGCCGCCUGCCAUGA